UCGAACUCUACUGUCCUAAGGGUUGCCUGCUGUAUAACGGUCCUUCUUCUUGUCCUCUCGUCCGACCAGCAGAAAACCAGCCAGCAUGUCUUACCAAACCUACCGUAUGAGCACUAGCUCUGGCCCUAGCAGUGGUGCAUCAAUGAUCAGGAGCAGCCGCGUCGGCUUUGUGUCCUCUGCCCCCAAAGCUUUCAGUGUGGCAGGCAGUGCACCCCGCCGCAUCGCCUCUACCACAAUGCACUCCAUGUCCUCUGGCUUUGGUGGCGGUUAUGGCGGUGGCUAUGGCGGUGGCUAUGGCGGUGGCUAUGGCUCUGGCAGCGGUGGUUUCGACUUGUCUAGUGCCCUGGAUCAGGGCACCAUCCACCUGAAUGAGAAGGCUACCAUGCAGAACCUCAAUGACCGUCUGGCCUCAUAUCUGGACAAGGUUCGCUCCCUGGAGGCCGCCAACUCCAAGCUGGAGAUACAGAUCAGAGAGUACUAUGAGAAGAAGGGGCCAGCAGCUGAGAGGGACUACAGCAACUACUGGGCUAUCAUCAAUGACCUGAAGGACAAGAUCAAUAAUGCCACCAUCAACAAUGCCAACAUCCUGCUCCAGAUUGACAAUUCCAAGCUGGCUGCUGAUGACUUCAAGACCAAAUUUGAGCAUGAGCUGAUGAUGCGCCAGUCAGUGGAGGCUGACAUUGCCAACCUGCGUCGCCUGCUUGACCAGACCACUCUGACCAAGGCUGACUUGGAGCUGCAGAUCGAGGGCCUGCAGGAUGAGCUGGCCUACCUCAAGAAGAACCACGCAGAGGAGCUGGCAGCCCUGCGUUCUCAGCUCACUGGCACCGUCAAUGUGGAGGUGGACGCUGCACCCCAGCAGGACCUCAACAAAGUCUUGGACGACAUCCGCUCACAGUAUGAAGCUAUCACGGAUAAACAUCGCCGUGACCAGGAAACUUGGUUUAACGACAAGUCCGCAUCCCUGUCCAAGGAGGUGGCCGUUAGCACAGAAACAAUCCAGACAUCCAAGACAGAGAUCAACGACCUGCGACGCACAAUGCAGGGCCUGGAGAUCGAGUUACAGUCUCAGCUCAGUAUGAAAGGGGCUUUGGAGAACACCUUGGCAGAAACAGAGGCUCGCUACAGUGCCAUGCUAGCUGGCUUCCAGAAUCAGAUCAACAUGCUAGAGGGAGAGCUCGCUAACGUGCGUUCCAGCAUCGAACAGCAGGGACAAGAUUACAGGAUGUUGCUGGACAUCAAGACCAGACUGGAGCAGGAGAUUGCAACCUACAGGAGCCUCCUAGAAACAGAAGAGUCCAGGCCUGUCGGUUCAGGGAGCUCCAAGACCACAGUUACAACCACCACUGUGCGCAGUUAGGAUCCCAGCUGGCAGGACAACCCAUCUUUUCUCAGACAAACACACACACACACACACGCACAUGCACGCACACACAAACACCACCAACUCACAAAAUUUUGAAGCUGUUACACAAGAAAAGCUGCAAUUUAAAAUACUUGUGGGAAAUGAGGCAGACCAUUUUGUAACUCAUCGGAACAAAUGCAUGUCCGUAUGUGUGUGUAAAUGUGUGCGACUUGUCUCUGAAAAUAAAAUGUGCUGGUAAAAAAAA